GUGAAUCUCUUCCCAUCCAGAGACAGAGAAUAUAUAAACAGCAAGGAAUGGGAUUUUUUGUCUUCAUCAAGUUUACAGUAGCAAAGGUAUCUGACGUGCAAUCUGAAAACUUAACAUGAAACUCCUCGUUAUCCUUCUGUCGGCCUUCUGUGCCCUUACGCAUGGAUGUCCCACCAUCAUGUCCAAGUCAGCAUGGGGAGGAAAGGCUGCCAAAUGCAGCAGUCGUUUACCUACUCCAGUCGAAUAUGUGAUCAUCCACCACACUGAGGGGGCAUCUUGUUCCUCACAGUCUACAUGUUCUGCUCAAGCCAGGAAUGUCCAGAAUUAUCACAUGAGCAGUCGAGGCUGGUGUGACAUUGGAUACAACUUUCUGGUUGGAGAAGAUGGCCGUGUAUAUGAAGGACGUGGCUGGAGAAACCUCGGAGCUCAUGCAACAUCGUACAACUCAAAAUCCAUUGGAAUUUGCAUUAUAGGAUCGUUCACUAAGCGCGCUCCCAGUGCUAGCGCCCUAAAAGCUGCUCAAAGUCUGAUAAAGUGUGGAGUAUCGAAAGGUUAUAUCAAAUCAGCUUAUAUUCUGAAGGGACAUCGCAAUGUAGGGCAGACAGAUUGCCCUGGAGCCAAAUUAUACCAAAUCAUUCAAAAAUGGCGUAAUUUUAAGGCUUGAAACUCAAGCAUUGUGCAAUGAAUUUAUCUUGCUGUACUGCGUUAUUUUUGUUUUGC